GCGGAGGCAGGGAAAAUAACAAGGCCAGGGGGGGGAGAGCUGGAGAAAGAGGGUAGAGCUAUGAAAAAGCGAGGGAGAAGGUGAAAUCACAGUCACACAGAGAAGACACCAAAAAACAAAGAGGAGAGAGGAAGGAUGAGGGGAGGAGAGUGCGCUGAUCAGUGAGGUCUCCAGAGGGGAAGACGAAAGGAGAUGAGCAGCAAGAGGGAGGGGAGCAGAGCAUCCAUCAGCUGAGGCAGCCAUGCUCUGAGCCCUGGAGCAGCAGGGCUACGCAGACACUGCACAGGCCCAGAGUCAGGCCCGAAGCCCGGCCCUGCGUCCCAUCCACAAGCACCAGAGCCUGGACAAGCGAAGAUCACACCCUCACCAGCUGCGCAUAGGAGCCAUGAGGACGGCCAGGAAGGGCAACGUGGAGAUGCCUGCAUUCGUGCGGCAGCUGGUCAAAGAAACAGAGAAGAGGGUCAGCUCUUUCUUCAAAGGGGGCCGCGGGGGGGCGUCAGACGGGGAGCAGAGGGGGCAGGGGGAGAAGGAGGAGGUGAUCCCCAGCCCAUACCUGGACCGGCCGGUGCUGGACAAGCUGACCGAGGAGGGCUGCGCCCGCUGGGGCCUCACCUACGCCCUGGGGAGCAUGCAGGGCUGGAGGGCCAACAUGGAGGACUUCCACAACUGCGUGCCGCAGCUGGGAGGAGAGCUCGCCGAGUGGAGCUUCUUCGCCGUGUUCGACGGCCACGCUGGCAGCACGGUGGCCCAGUACUGCUCCCAGCACCUUCUGGGGCACAUCCUGGGCACAGGUGGGGUCGGACCUGAGGACAACCCUGAAAAGGUGAAGGGGGCCAUCAUAGAGGGCUUCAUGCAGACAGACAAACACCUGCACUCUGUGGCCCGGCGAGAAGGCUGGGAGAGAGGCGGCACCACCGUGGUGUCCACCCUCCUCUCCCCAUACUACAUCUACUUCGGCAACUGCGGCGACUCCAGGGCCGUGCUGUGCCGGUCGGGGCAGGUGUGUUUCUCCACCGAGGACCACAAACCGUACAGCCCUCUGGAGAAGGAGCGCAUCGAAAGCGCCGGCGGGUCGGUGUCCCUUCAGAGGAUCAACGGUUCCCUGGCUGUGUCCCGAGCUUUGGGGGACUUCAGCUACAAAGGGGCGGAAAACCGGACCCCCAGCCAGCAGAUGGUCUCGCCGGAGCCAGAGGUGUGUGUGGUGGAGCGCUCGCCCAUGGACGAGUUCCUGGUGCUGGCCUGCGACGGCGUGUGGGACACCAUCAGCAACGAGGAGCUCUGCGCUUUCGUCCACAACCGGCUGCAGGUCUGCACUGACCUGAGGGAUGUCUGCACUCAAGUCAUCGACCUCUGUCUGUACAAGGGCAGCUUGGACAACAUCAGCAUCAUCUUGCUCUGCUUCCCUGGCGCCCCCCAGCUGUCAGCAGAAGCAUUACACCAGGAGGCCGAGCUGGAGGACCUGCUGGAAUCCAAAGUGGCAGAAAUCUAUGACGAGUUGUCUGCCUCCGGGGAGGAGCCUGACCUGCUGUCUGUCCUCACAGUCCUGGCGUCCACCGUCAUUCCUGGCUUACCUCCAGGUGGAGGCAUACAGAGCAAGAGAAACUGUAUUAUCUCUGCUUACUAUCAUCAAAGAGAGACACACAACCCUGCAGUACCAAAUGCUCUGGGAAGUUCAUGAGACCCUGAAGUGGAUACUCUCUGACUCAGAGGGACUGUAAUAAAAUGUGAAUAUUAAACUGUUUCCUCAUGUGUGCAGUCUGACCAUAAGGGGGAAUCACGUGACCUGACAAAGGUGUUUGUUUACAUCAUGCUCGCAGGCGGCAUCUUGUUAAAACAAAUGCAAUGCACAAAGAGAUCUAAUAAAGCCUAAAACUUUAUAUUUGUACCAGACGGAUAUUUUGUAAAACGUACUCGGACACAGAGCAAGGAAUGAACAUAUGCCUCUAAUUCAGUGAACACACAGCACAGCUAAUCAAUUCAAAGGACAGAUCAGUACAACCGGAUUAAAAGCAACUGUGACACUGUACAUUUUCAUCGGAUAAAUAAAACAGGACUAUUUGAUACACAUGACGUAUUUUAAAGAAAAUUUUAAAGUAAACAUGUUUGGAAUUGAACAGUUAAUUGUCAACGCUAGUGAGCAUGCAAAUGGCCAUUUGUUCCUACAGGAAAUAGUAAUAAAAGGGGGUCAGGGAACUCAUUUAUGUUUCUUAUUGCUGGUGAUAAGUAAAUAAUUACAAAUAUUUUAUUAUACAUACAUAAAGGAAAAAAAUACAUUUCACAAACCAGAAGAUAAAUUUUUUUUUCUAAAGUGGUUAAUAAUAAUGUCUGUAUUUUUAUUGUAACUGCAGAAAAAAAACAUUUGCUUAUCAGGAAGUUUGGCCAGAACAUAUCCAGACAAUGGCCUAAAUCUGAAUUUAAUGACAACUCAAAUUUCUACAUGGCCAUGUUCAUGCAUUUACCAACUUUCUAAGGAUUUUGAAAUUGUCUGUGAAAUGUAUUUUUUCAGUGAGCUGAUCAUGUCCUGUGCUGCCUUAUUCUUCUCUCAUAUGGUAGAUAAAACAUCAGCAACAAACAACAGAACGGGUCAGUUUCCGUAUUGGUUCUUUUAUCUACAUCGUUCUGCAUCAUCCUGUUACGUUUGUUUAUCAUUUUCUGUGUUUAAACAUUAAAUGAUGAGAGUAAAGAUUUUAAUCUGAAUAAAGAACAUAUGACUCAC